CAUCAAUAUAAAUGUCAUUCUCAAAUCUUUCAGAUCCGUCGUUCUGUCGUCCCAAACUUUUUUUGUUUUGUAGUGAAAUUUGUUGUAGUGAAAAUGAUGGGGCGGUCUCAGCAUUAAUUUUAAGUGGAGUGUACUUUUAAGGCUGUGUGUUUUUAUUGAAUGCGUUUAUUACAUUGCAAGCGUCUUUCGUUAAAGUGAAAAGUAAAUGCGGUUACUCGCGAAAGGAAAGUUACGUGUAACAUUCUGUACCGCCUGUAAACUUCUAAUUAAACGAAAAUUAUGUGCAUUGAACAUCAAAUGAGUUGCUAAGGAUAAUGUUACAGUCAAUGAUAUUCUUGACUAGAUAAAUGUUUCGGAAGAUCUACGCCCCAAGUGAUGGACACACUGAAGGUGUCUUCAGAAACGCGAACUACAUCUAGAUCAAAAGAAUAUUUCAGCCGUUCACCAUCUCCAAGUCAUUACAAACAAAUGUCUCGAGAAGUACAAGAUCGAGAUUCUGGCGAGGCCAUUGGGAACUUGCGAUACAGAAGUCAAAGUCCGUCCACAAGUCGGCAAAGCAGAGAAAGGAAUAGGCGCGACCUUCAAAAAGGCCGAAGCUCAGAUCAAGGUGCCGCAUUAAUGUACAGCGACAUGAGUGCAGACAUCUCGGGAUCUCUUGAAGAUUCAAGAUUGUCAGAUGAUUGCGACGGGAAUAUGGGUAGCCACCCAUCAACACAAAGGAAAAAAUAUCGUCAUGAAAGAACUUAUAGUGCUCAGGAACUUGAUCGAUUAAACACCAAAAUCCAAUGCACGAAAGAAUCAAUUAGGAAGGAACAAACAGCGCGAGAUGAUAACGUAAAUGAAUAUUUAAAAUUGGCAGCAAAUGCCGACAAGCAACAAAUUCAACGUAUAAAAGCCGUCUUUGAGAAGAAAAAUCAGAAAAGCGCACACAGUAUAUCUCAACUUCAAAAAAAAUUAGAAAAUUACACAAAACGCGUAAAAGAUCUGCAAUCUCAUCAAUACAACAAUAGAACUCAACACAGGCAACCCAGAGAAGUGUUACGCGAUGUGGGCCAGGGGUUAAGAAAUGUUGGUGGCAACAUUAGAGAUGGUAUAACAGGAUUUUCGGGGUCGGUUAUGUCUAAACCUAGAGAAUUUGCUCAUUUAAUCAAAAAUAAAUUUGGCAGCGCAGAUAAUAUAAACGAAAUGGGAGAAACGGACCUUUCAGCCUUAAACGUCUCGGCAAACCAAUCAGAGUUACAUGUUGGCAGCGUAUCAACACCGAAUAACACCAUUCAUGCUGCUUCUAUGAGUUCUGGAAAUACAGGUGGUGCUGGAAGUGGGAAAUUCAACAGUGAUAAUGGUAGUGAAUGCAGCAGCGUGACGAGUGAGAGCAUACCAGCUGGUUCUGGGAAAAGCCAGUCUGGCACUAGUCAAUUGAUGCUUAAAGCAAUUCUAACAGAAAUACAAGAGCGGAAGGAUGACAUUGAUAAGUUGCGUGAACGAAUCGAACGGUUAGAGACCGCGCAAAAGGAGUACCAAGACUUGACUGUAGUUUUAGAAAGUGAACGAUAUCGUGCUGAAAGGUUAGAGGAACAAAUAAACGACUUGACGGAACUGCACCAAAAUGAAAUCGAAAAUCUAAAACAAACUAUCGCAGACAUGGAGGAAAAAGUUCAAUACCAAAGUGACGAGAGGCUAAGAGAUGUCAAUGAAGUGUUGGAAAAUUGUCAGACACGAAUUUCUAAAAUAGAACAUCUUUCCCAGCAACAGUACGUGACUGUAGAAGGAAUAGAUAAUUCAAAUGCACGAGCACUUGUUGUAAAGUUAAUUAAUGUAGUAUUAACCAUAUUACAAGUAAUACUGUUACUCGUGGCUACGGCUGCCGGUAUUAUUAUGCCUUUCUUAAAAACCAGAGUUCGUGUUUUAACGACCGUUUUCUCAAUAUUUGUGGUGAUAUUUGUGAUACGUCAAUGGCCUGAUUUGAGAGAUAUCGGCGCUCAUAUGAUACGACAUUUAAAAGAAUCGUUAGUUGUAAAGUAGAACGUUUAACUGUAGUGUAAUAGAACACGAAUACAAAUCUGUUGUACAUAUUCAUCUUUAAGUUUUAUGCAUGUGACAAUAACGCAACGUUUGACAAAACUAUGAAAAGGCUAGGUUCCGGGCAUAUGAAACUUCCAGUAUAAUUUUGAGUCCUGAAAGGAUAUUUAUACGAAUCAACUGAUUAUUUUUAUCAUGUUUAGAAUUCAUUGCCAUAUGCUCAGGUAAUUCCCAAACUUUUUUUUGCUUUCCGGGAUGGUGCUAUUCCGUAUUAAUCCUUUCGAAUCCAUUCAGUGAAGCAAAACGUAUGAAUAGAAAUAGAAAUUCCUUAGCAAAAGCUGCUUACUCAUAUGAUUAUCGUAGUUUUGACUGCGAUCUGUUGAUUAGUAAAAAUUUCGUUAGAUGAUAUAAAACUCAGUUUGCGUGCGUGGUGGCUGAGAGAAUGCCAUUUCUAUUUAAUGAAUUCAUCAGUUUUUCUUUCGCAGAUGCCUGAAUUAGGCAAAAAUCAAGCUUACCUCCGUGAACAAAACUAUGUUUUGAAAGCUUGAUUUUUGUCGAAAUCACGUUAUCCUUCGGGUGAUUACAAAAUAAAGUAAUCGAUGCACACAUAAUUUUGUCUUGUAAGCGGCAGUGUCACAUCAUACUAUUACAAUUCAUUACAAUUGAUUGAAUAUUAUAAAUAUUGUUUAACAAGCAAUUAUAUUUGUGGCCUAAAUAAAUGACUAUUAGAAGAGGUUUUUAUUGGUUCUAGAGGAGAAUAGAGUAUAAUCAUUUUGUCCGAAUCUAAAUGUAAAUGAUGUCAUCCUCAUGCAAUUGUUAACUAUAAUUGAUUAUGUCACUUAGAAUGUAACAAAAAAUUAUGUUCCUGAUAAUUUUAAAACAUUGCAGACGAAGAUUAUGUUCAAAACUUAUGCAAUCAAUUGACAAAGCGAACUGAAAACAAUAUAUUAGUGAAACAUUAAGAAUUGAUUAUAUCCAAAGUUUUUUUUACAAGUACUACUUUGAUCAUAAUACGUUAAAUUUCUAAGAAUCAAAAAGACGCUAAAUUUUUAAGUGGUAUUGAAUUGGUUUAAUUUUUUUCCGAUGUCUACGGUAAAACUUGGAAUUAUUGUUGAAACAUUAUUUUUUUAAUAAUGGAUUCUCAUUGGAGAUUUUCUCCAACGUUUAUAAAUAUUUAAAUUGUUUUUAAAAAGUUUACACGGUGGACUAUUCAGAAUACCCAGAAAAGACUGGAAUUGUAGACAUCUAUAGGUCGGCUGCAUACUUGUGUUGAGUUGGAUAAACUUUUCACUGUAAAUUUCAGAAUCACAUCGUUCACAACUUCUUCAAACAUACGUACGUUUUUGGUUAAUGUCGGGGAAAUCACGAAACUUUUUUAAUGAUGAGAAUAAAAAGGCAUUUAAUUUACAUUGCAAUCGAAGUAUGUAAUAUUGGAAUGUCAACAUGUGCACAAUAAAUUAAUCAAAGGUUGGACUUUCACUAUUAAA